GCGUCAGUCCCUGUCCCCUGGCUCUCUCCGGUCCUGUCUCUCUCCCCUUUUUCUCACCUUCCCGUGGGACUCAGCCUCCGGCAAUGAGAAAGCGGUGACCGCUCUUUCCUCCCCAGCCAUGAACACCUCAUCCUUCCAUCCGGACCAUCCCCCGGCCGCGCCCUUUCACCCCGCGAGUUACGGGCAGGACUUUUUGGCGAAGGACGGACCCUCCACAUCCCAGGAUCUGAGGACAGAGCCAGACCCAGCCCCCCUGCAGGGCGAGGCCUGUCCCAUCUGUGGGGACAGGGUGUCGGGCUACCACUAUGGCCUACUCACAUGCGAGAGCUGCAAGGGCUUCUUCAAGCGCACAGUUCAGAACAACAAGCGCUACACGUGUGCAGAGAGACAGAGCUGCCCAAUGGACCCGGCGCAGAGAAAACGCUGCCCCUACUGCCGCUUCCAGAAGUGUCUGACGGUUGGCAUGAGGAGAGAGGCGGUGAGGGCCGACCGAAUGAGGGGCGGCAGGAACAAAUUUGGACCCCUUUACCGGCGGGACAGGCAGCUGAAGCAGCAGAGAGACGCCUCCCACCAGCCCAACACUGCCCCCUACAGGAUCAAACUGGAAAGCACGCCCGCUCCGCUGACCACCCUGUCGCACGACCUUCAGCUGCUGUCCAGCCCCACUUCCACACCCUGCUCCUCUGACUCCUUCCACCAAUCACAGCCCAUGGCCUCCAGCAUGGGCCAAUCAGAAAGCCCCAUGCUUUUGGACUGUACCAUCAACAGAGACAGGGCUCUGGCCUUGUCUUCUUUUCCCCAUCCUGGACUGUACCACUCUACCUUCCAGGGGUAUGUCCAGGGAAAGGCUGACGCCCCUCACAGCUACAGCCAGCCUGUGAGCCACGCCCUGCCCGCAGCUCCGCCCGCAGCCUGUCUCCUGACUGAGCUGCUGCGGGGGGAGCCCGAGGAGACGCAGCUCUGCGCGAGGGUGCUGGCCAGCCUGCAGAGGGAGCAGGCCAGCCGCGGGAAGCACGACCGGCUCAACACCUUCAGCAUCAUGUGCAAGAUGGCAGACCAGACGCUGUUUGGGCUGGUGGAGUGGGCCCGCAACAGCACCCUCUUCAAGGAGCUGAAGGUAGAGGAUCAGAUGUGUCUGCUGCAGUGCUGCUGGAGUGAGCUGCUGGUGUUGGAUCACCUGUACAGACAGGUGGCUUAUGGAAGAGAUGGCAGCAUCUACCUGGUGACUGGGCAGCAGAUCGACGUGUCCACCAUCCUGUCCCAGGCUGGCCCCACUCUCAGCAGUCUGGUGUCCCGGGCACAGGACAUGGUGUCCAAACUCAGGACACUGCAGAUGGACAGACACGAGUUUGUGUGUCUCAAGUACCUGGUCCUCUUCAAUCCAGAUGUGAAGUCGGUGCAGGAUCGGGGGCAGGUGGAGUGCACUCAGGAGCAGGUGAACCGGGCGCUGAUGGAGCACACCCUGCACACACACCCCGGGCACUCGGACAAAUUCGGCCAGCUGUUGCUUCGGCUGCCGGAGGUGCGUAGCAUCAGCCUGCAGGUGGAGGAGUACCUGUACCAGCGUCACCUGCUGGGGGACCUGCCCUGCAACUCUCUGCUGACCGAGAUGCUGCAUGCCAAACACAGCUGAGGACCAAACACCUGCCAGCCAACAACGCCCCCCACCCCCAAACAUCUCACCCAG